AUGGAAACCCCUGAUCGUACUACGGACAGUCAGGAGUCGACAUCUUCGUACCCACCGCCUAUGAUGUCCAGUUUCGCUCCGGGUAGUUACUAUCAGCAGCAGAGGACACCCCGCCGGGAUGCUCCACCGGAGCCGAGCCCUUCAACGAAGCCGGCGAGUUUUGUAAUUAACCUCGGUUCGAGUAAGCAGAAGCUGACGGACUUAGAAUUAUACCAAGUCGUGAGGAAAUUGCCGAAGCAGCCACAGAGCUAUUCUCUAUGCGACAGCGGUGGCUGUGCGGCGACGCUCUGUUAUGAGCGGUGGUCGGAGACGCUUGAGGUUAUGGAGCAUUUGUGGCGAACCAGGCUGGCCGGGAAGCUUUUGUUCUCGCCGGUGCUGAUACGGAAUGUGGACUUGCCAUCCGACAAGGUGGAGUUGGAGAAUCGGCUCAAACCCAUGUUUUAUCAGAGAGUGAGGGAGUUAAUAGACGGCGAGUUAGUUAAAAACUCCCGGAAGAAGUUGACGGAAGUAAUGGCGGUGGCAAAUGCCGUGUCGGUUCAGCUUCGAAAGCUGAAAUCUUUAGCUCUGUUGAAGAAGAAAGAGGCUUUGUUGGCCGAGCUGGAGUUGAUAAGAGAAAGGACCGAGGAGUUCAGGCAAGGAAUAAGGUGUGUGAAGUGUCAUCUUAAGCCGCCAUGUCCAGAAGAUAUUGAUGACUCUGAGGAGACUGUAUUGAAGCUGGAGGGAGAUUUCAAUUGGGACCGCUUACAUUCUCUAAUGAUGAGGGAGUGUAAAAGGCUCAAAGAUGGGUUGCCCAUUUUCUCUUUCCGCAACCAAAUUCUCAGGGAAAUUCGUCGUCACCAGGUCACUGUAUUGACUGGGGAGACGGGUUCCGGGAAGAGUACUCAAUUGGUUCAGUUCUUAGCUGAUUCAGGAAUUGGCGGAAAUGGUGCCAUAGUAUGCACACAGCCCAGGAAACUGGCUGCCGUCUCUUUGGCAAAGAGGGUUAAUCUGGAAUGUGUUGGGUGUUAUGAGGAUGAUUCGAUUAUCUGUCACCCGUCAUAUUCAUCCAGUUCCCGGUUUGAUGCAGGGACGAUAAUCUUUAUGACGGACCACUGCCUGCUGCAGCAUUACAUGAGUGACAACGAUUUGUCCAAGAUAUCGUGCAUUAUAGUUGAUGAAGCACAUGAAAGAAGCCUAAACACUGAUCUUCUUCUAGCAUUGAUGAAAGGUUUGCUUCAUCGGAGGCCUGAUAUGAGGGUCAUCAUUAUGUCUGCCACAGCUGAUGCAGAUCAGCUUUCAAAUUACUUCGUUGGGUGUGGAACGUUUCAUGUGAUUGGUAGGAGUUUUCCAGUUGACAUUAAAUAUGUUCCUUUUGAAUCUGAAGGUUGUUCUGGUGUGGUUGCUCCUUAUGUUUCAAAUGUUGUCAAGAUGGUGGGAGAUAUCCAUAAUAAUACCCAUAGAGAUGGAGCGAUUCUUGCAUUCUUGACUUCUCAAAUGGAAGUAGAAUGGGCUUGUGAGAAUUUCCAGUCGCCCUCUGCCAUUGUUUUGCCUUUACAUGGAAAACUCUCCAAUCAAGACCAGCAUAAAAUUUUUCUGGAUUUCCCAGGAAUGAGAAAGGUCAUAUUCGCUACAAAUGUUGCUGAGACAUCUUUGACGAUUCCCGGGGUCAAAUAUGUUGUUGAUUCUGGGUUGGUGAAAGAGAAAAGGUUUGAGCCUGGAAGCGGAAUGAAUGUUUUGAGGGUUUGCAAGACGAGUCAAAGUUCUGCAAAUCAACGAGCUGGGCGAGCUGGGAGAACUGAGCCUGGAAGGUGCUAUAGACUCUUCUCGGAAACUGAUUUCGAGACUAUGCCUUGCCAUCAAGAACCCGAAAUUCGCAAAGUUCAUCUCGGUAUUGCAUUGCUGAGGAUUCUUGCCUUUGGCAUAAAAGAUGUGCAGAGUUUCGAUUUUAUUGAUGCACCUAGCCCAAAAGCUAUUGAGACGACUAUCCAAAGUCUGAUUCAGUUAGGAGCCAUUGCUCAAAUUGACGACGGCUAUGAAUUAACUGCAGAAGGACUACAUAUAGUGAAGUUGGGUAUCGAGCCUGGGCUCGGGAAAAUGCUCCUUGAUUGCUUCCAACAUGAAUUGGGUAAAGAGGGUCUCGCCCUAGCUGCUGUUAUGGCUAAUUACAGCACCAUUUUCUGCAGAGUUGGCACUGAAGAAGAGAAACUAAAAUCCGAUCGCUAUAAGGUGCAAUUUUGCCAUCCCUUUGGCGAUCUGUUCACUUUACUCUCUGUGUACAAGGAAUGGGAAGCGGUGCCUCUUCAAAAGAGAAGUGGAUGGUGCUGGGAUAAUAGUGUCAACGCCAAAACUAUGAGGAGAUGCCGGGAGACUGUGCAAGAAUUGGAAGCAUGCCUUCGGAAUGAACUGAGAAUUGACACUCCAAGUAUCUGGCUUUGGAAUCCCCAAGUGCAUAGUGAACAUGAUGAUACGUUAAAACGUAUAAUUCUGGCAUCCCUUUCUGAGAAUGUGGCAAUGUACUCUGGGUAUGACCAGCUUGGCUAUGAAGUGGCACUCACCGGGAAGUAUUUCCAGUUGCAUCCUUCAUGUUCGUUGUUGAGUUUCUGUCAAAGACCGACAUGGAUAAUUUUCAGUGAAGUUUUGGUGGCAGCUAAAGAGUAUCUGGUUUGCGCUACUGCAUUUGACUUCAGCUCUCUAGCCACCCUUCAACCACCUCCAUCGUUUGACUUUUCGAAGAUGGACGCUCGAAGGCUACAGAAGAAGGUUUUGACGGGGUUUGGAAGCCUAUUAAUGAAGAAGUUCUGCGGGAGAUCUAACUGUAGUCUCAAUCAUCUUGUUUCUCAAAUCAGACUAUCGUGUUUGGAUGAACGCAUUGGCAUUGAGUUGAGGUUUGAUCGCAACGAGAUUAUAGUGAAUGCUUCUUCCGGAGACAUGGAGAGGGUUUUAGCGGCGGUGAAUGAAGCAUUGGAGCACGAGAGGAAGUUAUUGAGAAAUGAAUGUUUGGAGAAAUGCUUGCACAAUGCAGGACCUGGUUCUUCUUCAGCUUCUAUUGCUCUUUUCGGAGCUGGUGCUGAGAUAAAGCAUUUGGAGCUCGAGAAGAGAUGUUUGACGGUUGACAUAUUUCGUUCAAUUGGAAAUGCGGUUGAUGAUAAGGAGUUGGUGAUGUUUCUGGAGAGGAACUGUGGUGACAUAUGUACGAUCUUCAAGUUCUCGGGCAUAAGGCAAGAGAGGGAGGAGAUGGAAAAAUGGGGCAGGGUAACAUUUCUCACCCCCGAGGCUGCUAAUCUCGCUACCGCCUUAAACUUGGUUAAAUUUAAUGGUGGGUUACUGAAAUUUGUUCCUUCCAAGGGCGGUGAUAAACUGUUCUCAUGUCCUUUCCUUAGAGCAAAGGUUUAUUGGCCUCGUCGGGCCAGUAGAGGGAAAGCUAUUCUGAAAUGUGAUCCCAACGAUGUUUCUCUUGUUGCUGAUGACCUUUCUUAUCUAGAAAUAGGAGGAAAAUUCGUUUGGUGUGAGCCAAGCACUUGGUCCUCCGACCGGGUUGUUAUUACUGGAAUUGACAAGGACAUAUCCGAAACUGAGAUCUCCAAGGCCAUAAAUGAACUGACUGAGAGAAAAAUCCUGAGUUUGUUCAUCGUCAGAGGAACUCCAGUAGAAAACCCUCCACUCCUUGCUUGUGAGGAAGCGUUGUUGAGAGAAAUAUCCUCCUUGAUGCCCAAGAGGAUUCAUCUUUCCGCCCAGGUCUUCCAACCCGAACCUAAAGAUAAUUACAUGAGGGCUGUUAUUACAUUCGACGGAAAUCACCAUCUCGAAGCUGCAAAGGCCUUAGAAGAAUUGGAUGGGAAGGUGUUGCUUGGAUUUCUCCCAUGGCAGAAGAUAAAAUGCCAGCAGAUAUUCCAAAGCACCGUUUCUUGUCCUCCUGCUGCCUAUCAUGCGAUCCAGACGGAGUUGAAUGCCUUAGUAGAAAGACUCAACAAGAAUCAUAAAGGUGUUGAUUGCCGUCUUGAACGAAAUAACAAUGGUCCCUAUAGGGUUAAGAUAUCUGCCAAUGCUACAAAAACAGUGGUAGAAGUGAGAAAACGUUUGGAGGAGCUUAUGAAAGGGAAGGUGAUGGAACAUGAGGGCGUUACUCCCACAGUUCUGCAACUUCUGUUUUCUCGGGAAGGCAUCGAUCUUAUGAGGUCGAUUCAAUGGGAGACAGGAACCUAUAUUAUGUUUGACAGGCAUAACCUCGUUGUGAGAAUGUUUGGUUCUUCGAACAAGGUUGAUUUGGCACAGCAGAAAUUCGUGGGCUCACUCCUUGCAUUACAUGAGAGCAAGCAACUUGUGGUGCGUCUUCGAGGUGAAGGUUUGCCUCCUGAUAUGAUGAAGAGAGUGGUUGAUACGUUUGGCCCGGACCUUAAAGGGCUUAAAGAGAGGUUUCCUGUGGGGGAGUUCUACCUAAACACCCGACACCAUUGUGUUCGUGUCAAAGGUGGUACUAAAGACCUGUGCCAAAGAGUUGAGAAUGCCAUAUACGAGAUUGCCCGGGCUAGUGGCUCACAUGUUCAAAGGAACGACAACGAGGCAAGCUGCCCAAUCUGCUUGUGUGAAUUCGAGGAACGUUACGUGCUCGAAAGCUGUCUCCACGCCUUCUGUCGAUCGUGCUUGUUGGAGCAGUGCGAGUCAGCAAUCAGAAGCAGUGAUGGCUUCCCAUUGCGGUGUUUGCACAAUGGCUGCAAUGCUCCUAUCCUUAUCCCAGACAUAAAGUCUUUGUUGCCAGUCGAGAAGCUGGACGAGCUCUUCAGGGCCUCGGUUUCAGCUUUCGUGGCAAGCAACGCCUCGUACAGGUUCUGCCCUUCACACGACUGCCCUUCCUUUUACCAUAUCACAGACUCGGAUUCUCCCUCGGGGUCAGCAUUCGUGUGUGGAGUGUGCUACACGGAGACAUGUACUAGAUGCCACCAAGAGUAUCAUCCAUACCUCUCGUGCAAAAAGUACAAGGAGUUCAAAGACGAUCCAGACUCGUCGUUGAAGGAGUGGGCCGAGGGGAAGGAGAACGUGAAGGCGUGCCCGGUUUGUAAGUGCACCAUUGAGAAAGUGGAUGGGUGCAACCACAUCGAAUGCCGGUGUGGGAAACAUGUUUGCUGGGUUUGCUUGGAGUUCUAUGAAGCCAGUAAUGAAUGCUAUAACCAUUUGAGGUCUGUUCAUUUGAGCAUUAAUGCAUAACUUGAAUCAUGGUUAAGUUAGCUCUCUGUAAAUCUCUUGUAAAUUAGACAUAUAUCUAUACAAUUCAAUCAUACACCCCUCCCCUAGCUAAGCAGUAGGGGAAAUCAGAAAUGCAAUUGAUAUCAUCUUUUCUCCAUCUCUGUGUCUUUACAAAAAUGUGCUGAUUGAGAUAUUAUAUGAUAUAUUUCAUCUUUACAUAUACAGGUUAUAAAUAAAAGUAAGUAAUUAGAUUAAAU